AUGGCUCUGCUCCUGUGGAAAGCGUUCGACUUCUUCCAGGUACACCAGGUCAAGAUCGAAGACGACGACAGGACUCUUGAUGUCUCGGACGUCAGCAGCGUGUGCGCCGGGUCCGACAGCCUCUUCCUUGGCAGCGACGAUGGCUACGUCUAUAUCGUGGGCCCGUCUUGGAAGGUGAUGCGCAGCUUUCGCGCCCACGACACCGACCGAAUCACCCAUAUGCGACAAGUCGAGGGUACGAGCCUGCUUCUGACAAUCUCCGAGGACCUCAGCUCUGAGCCGCUGCUCAGGGUCUGGGCGCUCGACAAGAUCGUGAAGAAGACCGGACUGCCCACCUGCCUCUCGGAGCUGCGCAUCAACAACGGCCGCAAACAGUUCCCCAUCUCGGCAUUUGCAGCGCUGGACGACCUGUCGCAGCUCGCAGUUGGGUUCGGGAACGGCUCUGUGACAGUCAUUCGCGGCGAUCUCAUAAAUGAUCUGGGAACACGACAGCGCAUCGUCCACGAAGGGGAAGAGCCCAUAACGGGUGUCGAGUUUGUGGUCGAUGCGAAGACGACUACGCUCUUCGUUGCGACCACGGCCAAGCUUCUGAAGCUGCUGAUCUCUGGCAAGGGCCAGUGGCAGGCGGCAAGGACAGUUGAAGACGCGGGCUGUGCAGCUCACUGCAUGACCGUCAACAAGAAGACGGGGGACAUUAUCGUUGCUAGAGAAGAUGCCGUAUACUAUUACACACUGGAUGGCAGAGGCCUCUGUUUCGCCAAUGACGGUGCAACAGAUACUGUCUCUGCCUACAAGGACUACAUAGCGCUUGUCUCACUGCCCUCGCCGUCGAAGAACGGUGCGGCAAAGAACAUCGGCAGAUCAUUCGGAGGCGCAAAUGCCGACGCGCUGUUCAAUGCGUCGACUUUCUUCAUGGUCGAUCCGGCGUUGCAAAUUGUCGCACACUCGGAAACGCUCAUCUCCCAAGUCAAGGCGACUUUUCAAAUCUGGGGUGAUGUCUUUGUUCUCAUGCAAGACGGAAAGAUCAAUCGGUAUCACGAGAAGCCGUUACAGCAGCGUCUUGAGCUCCUUUACCAGCGAAACCUGUAUCCGUUGGCCAUCAAUUUGGCUCAGAAGGCUGGUCUGGAUGGCUCGCAACAAAACGCGAUUUAUCGCAAGUACGGCGACUACCUGUACCAGAAAGGAGACUAUGACAGUGCCAUGUCUCAGUACAUAAAAGCAAUUGACAGCACAGAGCCGUCACAAGUUAUCCGCAAGUUUCUUGACACCCAACGGAUACACAACCUGAUCGAGUAUCUUGAGGAGCUGCAUGAGCACCACAAAGCAACAGCGGACCACACGACACUGCUGCUCAACUGCUAUGCGAAACUGAAAGACGUGGAGAAGCUCGAGGCAUUUAUCAAGUCUCCUGGAGAUCUGAAGUUCGAUCUAGACACGGCGAUCACGAUGUGCCGGCAAGGAGGCUACUUCGAACAGGCGGCAUAUCUUGCGACCAAGCACGGCGAAAACGAGCUCGUCACAGACAUUUUGAUAGAAGAUUCAAAGCAAUAUGCUGAUGCCCUAGACUAUAUUUGGCAUCUAGAUGUGGAAACGGCGUACACGUGUCUGAUGAAGUAUGCCACGGUACUGCUCGAGAACUGCCCGAGCGACACGACCAAGCUAUUCAUUGAGUACUAUACGGGCCAAUACAAGCCGAAAGUACACGCCACCCCUAUACUACCACAGCCCGAGCAGAGGACCGGGCUUGCUGCUGCUGCCGGUCAUGCCGUACAGAAUCUGACGACACUGUUGCCACUCCCAUACAUGAAUAGCCCUGCCAUAGCGACGCCAGAUACACAGAGCAACACCCCGGCUACGACGCGUGACGCAGAAGCCGUCAUUGAGCUGGGCGAUGCACUGGAGCCCAAGUACAAGCCGCCACCGCCACGAACCGCAUUCUCGGCAUUCAUUGACCAUUCCGACAACUUUAUUGCAUUCAUAGAGGCUUGCUUGGAAGCAGACUGCUUUGGCGAGCAAGACAAGGCCGACUUGUACACGACGCUAUUCGAGAUGUACCUCCACAAAGCCAGCGAGCGCAAGGGCAUACAUAGAGAGGAAUGGGAAGCCAAGGCGAAGAAGCUUAUCGAAGGAAAAGACCUGCCCAUCGAAAACUCGAAUGUGUUGCUACUCUCUCACCUGUCCGACUUCCGCGACGGCACAACGCUUGUCAAGGAGCAAUCCGGCCUCCUGUUCGACAUCUUCCGCUCCUACACCUCAGCCAAGGACACGCGGGGCGCAAUCAAGGCGCUGCGCAAGUAUGGCGGGAUAGAGCCGCAGCUCUACCCUGCGGCGCUGGCCUAUUUCACGUCUGACGCGCGGGUCCUGGACGAGGCGGGACCCGAAGAGCUCGAGAGCGUGCUCCAGAAGAUUGACGAGGACGGGCUCAUGGCGCCCUUGCAGGUCAUCCAGACGCUCGGCGCCAACACGGUGGCGACGAUGGGCAUGAUCAAGCCGUACCUGUCCGAGACGAUUGCGCGGGAGAGGCGCGAGAUCGCGACGAGCCGCCGCCAGUGCAACAGCUUCCGCCGCGAGACGGCGCAGAAGCUCGGCGAGAUCAGGGAGCUCGGGACCAAGCCCGCCGUCUUCCAGGCCCAGCGCUGCCCGGGCUGUGGCGGCGCCCUGGAGUUGCCCGUUGUGCACUUCCUCUGCAAGCACAGUUUCCAUCAGCGGUGUCUGAAGCAGGGUGGUGGUGGUGAGGCUGCUGCUGACGGCGUUGGUGGUGGUGGUGCCGACGCCGCCGCCGCAGGAUCCGAGUGCCCAGUCUGCGCGCCGAACAAUUCCGCCGUGCGGGCAAUGAAGGCACGGCAGGACGAGUGGAGCACGAGGCACGACUUGUUCCGCGACGCGCUCGAGAAGGGCGGGAAAGGCGGCGCUUCUGGAGGAGGAGGUGAGGAUCGGUUCAAGACCGUCUCUGGGUGGUUUGGGCAGGGUGUCAUGGGCGUCAGCACGCUCGAGUAG